CCAACUUCCCCCCACCGCACACACACCCCAACACACGGCCCACUUCUCCCCUCCUCCAUAUCUUGGCAUCCCAGAACCCAGAGGGAGGCUUGCCAUGGCUGAGCUGCCAGCUCCCGAGGUCUCCGGGGAUCCUGCCCUGUGCAGCGGCCGGUUCACCAUCAGCACCCUGUUGGGGGGGGAGGAUGGGGGGCGACCCCACUACGGGCAGCCUGACCCACCCCCCGCUGCCUACGACACCACUCACAGCAGCACCUUCUACAUGCGGACUUUUGGCUACAACACCAUCGAUGUGGUGCCUGCCUAUGAGCACUAUGCCAACAGCGCCAUGCCUGGCGAAGCCAAGAAGGUGAGGCCCACCCUGGCCGACCUCCACUCGUUCCUCAAGCAGGAAGGCAGCCACCUCCAUUCCCUGGCCUUUGAGAGCCGGUCCAGCCACGAGAUGUCCGACGGGCUGGUAGAGGAUGGCAGCAGUGCAGCCGGAGAGAAGCCUCCGGGGGAGCCAGUGCGAUUCGGAUGGGUCAAGGGGGUGAUGAUCCGAUGCAUGCUCAACAUAUGGGGAGUGAUCUUGUACCUGCGUCUGCCCUGGAUCACAGCACAAGCUGGCAUUGUCUUGACAUGGGUCAUCAUCCUCCUCUCAGUGACAGUGACCACCAUCACUGGCCUCUCCAUCUCUGCCAUCUCCACCAAUGGCAAAGUCAAGUCAGGUGGUACCUACUUCCUCAUCUCAAGGAGUCUGGGCCCAGAACUGGGCGGCUCCAUCGGCCUCAUCUUUGCCUUUGCCAAUGCCGUCGCUGUGGCCAUGCACACUGUGGGCUUUGCUGAGACUGUAAGAGAUCUGAUCCAGGAGUACGGCUCUCCUAUGGUGGACCCCACCAACGACAUAAGAAUCGUCGGCGUAGUCACUGUCACAGUGCUGUUGGCUAUUUCCUUGGCCGGGAUGGAAUGGGAGUCAAAGGCCCAGGUGUUGUUCUUCCUGGUCAUCAUGGUCUCCUUUGCCAAUUACUUCGUGGGAACACUGAUUCCUCCAUCUGAGGAGAAGGCAUCAAAGGGCUUCUUCAGCUACAGGGGUGACAUUUUUGCCCAGAAUUUAGUGCCAGACUGGAGGGGCAUAGAUGGCAGCUUCUUUGGAAUGUUCUCAAUCUUCUUCCCAUCAGCCACUGGUAUCCUCGCAGGUGCCAACAUCUCUGGGGACUUAAAGGAUCCUGCUGUGGCAAUCCCUAAAGGCACUUUAAUGGCCAUAUUCUGGACUACAAUGUCCUAUCUAGCCAUCUCUGCUACUAUUGGAUCCUGUGUAGUUCGGGAUGCUUCUGGAGGCCUCAAUGAUACAGUGGUCCCUGGCUCCUCCGAUUGUGAAGGGCUGGCAUGUGGCUACGGAUGGAACUUCACUGAGUGUACCCAAAAGCGCAACUGUCACUACGGACUCAUUAAUUACUACCAGAGCAUGAGCAUGGUGUCUGGCUUUGCCCCUCUGAUCACUGCGGGCAUCUUUGGGGCCACCCUCUCUUCUGCCCUGGCCUGCCUGGUUUCUGCUGCCAAAGUCUUCCAGUGCCUGUGUGAAGACCAGCUCUACCCUCUCAUUGGCUUCUUUGGGAAGGGCUAUGGAAAAAACAAUGAGCCUGUCCGGGGUUAUCUCCUGAGCUACUUCAUUGCUGUGGCCUUCAUUCUCAUUGCUGAGCUCAACACCAUAGCCCCCAUCAUCUCCAACUUUUUCUUGUGCUCCUAUGCACUCAUCAACUUUAGCUGCUUCCAUGCCUCCAUCACCAAUUCUCCAGGGUGGAGACCCUCAUUUCACUACUACAACAAGUGGAUAGCCCUAUUUGGGGCGAUCAUCUCUGUGGUCAUCAUGUUCCUUCUCACCUGGUGGGCAGCCCUUAUUGCCAUUGCUGUGGUCAUCUUCUUGCUGUUAUAUGUGCUCUACAAGAAGCCAGAGGUGAACUGGGGAUCUUCAGUCCAAGCUGGCUCCUACAACAUGGCCCUGAGCUACUCAGUAGGACUUAAUGAAGUUGAAGAGCACAUUAAGAAUUACAGACCCCAGUGCCUGGUCCUCACUGGGCCACCCAAUUUCCGGCCAGCCCUAGUGGACUUUGUGGGCACAUUCACCAGGAACCUCAGCCUGAUGAUCUGUGGCCAUGUGAUCAUUGGACCUCGAAAACAGAGAAUGCCAGAGCUCCGACUCAUCUCCAACGGACACACAAAGUGGCUGAACAAAAGGAAGAUCAAGGCUUUCUACUCGGAUGUGAUCGCAGAGGACUUGAGGAGUGGAGUCCAGAUUCUAAUUCAGGCAUCCGGUCUUGGGAAGAUGAAGCCCAACAUUCUGGUGGUCGGAUACAAAAAGAACUGGCAGUCAGCUCACCCAGCAACAGUGGAGGAUUACAUUGGAAUCCUACAUGAUGCUUUUGAUUUCAACUACGGUGUGUGUGUGAUGAGGAUGAGAGAAGGUCUCAAUGUCUCUGAAGUGAUGCAAGCCCACAUUAAUCCUGUAUUUGACCCUACUGAAGACCAAAAAGAAGCCAGAGCCAAUGGAGCUAGGCCGUCUGUCAGUGUAAACCCGGAAGUUCUGGUGGCUGAAGAACAAGCCAGCACAAUAUUUCAAUCUGAACAGGGCAAGAAGACCAUUGAUAUCUACUGGCUCUUUGAUGAUGGAGGGCUCACCCUCCUGAUACCUUAUCUUCUUGGUCGAAAGAAGAGGUGGAACAAGUGUAAGAUUCGAGUGUUUGUUGGGGGCCAGAUCAACAGGAUGGAUGAAGAGAGAAAGGCGAUUAUUUCACUGCUGAGCAAGUUCCGUCUAGGAUUUCAUGAAGUUCAUGUCCUUCCUGACAUCAAUCAGAAGCCUCGGCCAGAACACACCAAGCGGUUUGAGGACAUGAUUGCCCCAUUUCGGCUGAAUGAUGGCUUCAAGGAUGAGGCUACUGUUAAUGAGAUGCGACGUGAUUGUCCCUGGAAGAUCUCAGAUGAGGAAAUCAAUAAAAAUAAAAUGAAGUCCCUUCGGCAGGUGAGGCUGAAUGAGGUUCUGUUGGACUACUCCAGAGAUGCUGCUCUCAUAGUCAUAACCUUGCCAAUAGGAAGGAAGGGGAAAUGCCCAAGUUCCUUGUACAUGGCUUGGCUGGAGACACUCUCUCAGGAUCUGAGACCUCCUAUCAUCCUGACCAGAGGAAAUCAAGAAAAUGUUCUGACAUUUUACUGCCAAUAAGGCCAGGAUGGGACUUCAACUCUUGCUAUAACUGUCUUUGUAUGAGAACUGGCUGGUCCUCUUUCUCAGGCAUUGAGGAUUUAUGUUUAUACAGCAGUUUAAGCAGAGACCAGGGACACCAUAAUAAGCAGAUUUCCAAGCACUGACUCAACUUUAUUUCCCUUAGCCAAUGUGUAUCUUAGAUCUUAUCUUAGAACAAUGCUUCUUAACCUUUUUUGGGCCAGAGACAUCUUUCACCAGAAUGAGCUAUGGAUUUAAACAUAAAAUAUGUAGGAUUACAAAGGAAGCAAAUUAUAUUGAGAUGUAGUCAUCAAAAUAUUAAAGUCUAAGUUCACAAAUACUAUAUCAAGAUUCUCUGCUAUAUGGUCCUCAUGGAUUAGGAAACUAUUAGAAGGUACCAAAUAAGAGGGGUAGGUGUGGUGUAGUAUGUGGAAAAAUGUCUUGAUCCACAUUUUCUUUUUGAGGUUUUCUCUUGGUCAUCAUUAUAGCUAUUUUAAAUUUAUAAUUUGUUUCAGUGCAAAGAUCCUGAGUCAAAGUCACAUGUGUGUUUGCUGGUAUUUUUUUAAAGUACUUUUCAAUUUAGUACUUCUAUUGUGGAAUCAGGAAAAGAUCAUCAGGACCCCUGCCCAUUAUCCGAAAACUCUUAGAAGUUGGUGUUGUGGCAAGAAUGGUGGUCAUAAUGUUAAGAGAACUUGGGUUCAAAUCCCAAUCUAUCACUUACUACUUGAAUGGAUUUGUAGCUAUUUAACUUUUCUUGGAUUCAGUCUCUACAUCUGUGAGAGGAGCCCAACUAAGUGACCUUUAAGGUGCCUUUCAGUUCUAAAUCAAUAUCCUGAACAAUUCUGUAAUAUUUCUCUAGUGAUCUUUCAGCCAAUGGAUUCUCACUUAGUUUUGUUCUCUGACAUUGACUUAUUUUGGGGAAACACCCCAGUUCAGCAUGGUGCCUUAAUCAUCACCCAAAAAAGGGGGGAAGCUGGCUAUGAAACUUUGGUGGUAAUCAAGAAAUAAAAAGAAAAGAAACAGGGUAAAUGGAGGAGGCAAAGGAAAGGUAGCAUGAAAAUCAUGUGAUAAAAUAUAUAAGAACUAAUAGAAGGAAAAAUUGGGAUGUGUGAAAAAAUUGGAAGACAUGAGAGAUCUGGGAUAGGUUUAAGGUAUCUAUAUUGUAGAGGUGAUAAAGUAGAAAGGAAGAGAGAGUAAAAGAGAAGAAAGUGACGAGUAAAUAUAAGCGCAAUGAUGAGAGACCAAAGUUGACCCCAAAGAAGACUAGUUAAAGGGGCAAAGAAUAACCACCAAACCAAAAGAAUGAGAAAGGGAAUCAACACAGUGGUGAGAAGAGGGUAAAUUAUAGGAAUCAGAAGAAGAAAAGAGUUUAGAAAGAUGAAAAGAUGCAGGCAGACCAAAGGCAACUGAAUAUGGCUCAAAGAAGGCUAAUAGAAACAGUAUAGUUACUUUCAAGCACAUAUUCACAUAUAUAUCAUAUGUGCAAUCAUAAGUAUAAUCAAGUAUAAUACAAGACAUGGGAUAUGAGGCAUAUGUUGAAAAAGGCUUGAAUUAGGAGCCAGACUAGCUGGCAUUUACCAAUGGUCUGCCUUUAAAUAGCAGUAUGAUAUCAGACAAGACAUUUUACUUCUCUGACCUUCAGUUUCCUCCUCUAAAAAGUAAGGGGUUUAAGCUAGAUAUUCUUUCAGGAUGUUUCAGCUUUAAGAUUUCGUGAUUCUAGGCAGCCAAGUGGCCCAGUGGAUAGAGCACCAACCCUGAAGUCAGGAGGACCUGAUUUCAAAUUUGACAUUUCACACUUCCUAGC